GAAAAAUUUUAUCUUCUUCAGUAUUCUCCAAAAUGCAACUUCUUCACGCUCCACCUUGUCCCUCUCUCUCUUUUCCAAAUUUAAACCGAAAUUCUAGAGGAUUGCUUUCACUUGAGAAAUGUCUUCAACCGUCAACUGCCAACUGCUUCUUUCAGCCUCAAAAACUGGAAAGGUCGAUAUGGGUAUCGGAUAAACUGUCCGUUUUUAGCUUCUUUGCACCCAAAGCUACCUCAGUUGACGCUAGUUCUGCUGCUACAACUGGAACAGCCGAGGGCGACGUAUUAAAAGCAUUGUCUCAAAUCAUUGAUCCGGACUUUGGAACAGAUAUCGUCUCCAGCGGUUUUUUGUCUCCUCAUUGAUGAAGCUUCAGGAGAGGUCACUUCUAUGUUUGAAGAUUUCGUAAAAUAACCUAAAAAGAGUUUUGUGAGGGAUGGGGGGGGGGGUGGAACACACUUGCUAAGAAGUUGAAGGAGUUGAUCUUUAUGAGUUAGAAGAGAUUUUGGAGAUGACUAAUAUGGUCGAGUUCCAAAAGAUCAUGGUUCCAGUGUUUCGGUGUAUUGCAUGCUGCUCAAACAGCUCCCAUUACCAGGUGGCCGAACGAGCUCACUUGCUUUGGAACAACGAGCUCAUAAUCUUGUUACACAACCGCCAUGCGAUUUUCCCUCUUAUCUUUCCAUCCCUCGAGUGGAAUUCCCAGAAUCAUUGGAAUCAGGCAGUGCUUAACCUGACGCGGAACAUUCGAAAGAUGUUCAGUGAGAUGGAUGAAGAGCUUCUGCUUGCCUGU